UCUUAUUAUCCUUCACAAUACUUGUAAAUGCAUUUUACGUUUCCACUGCAAAUUUCAUUAUAAUGGUUAGGAUUCUUUUGUAAUCCAACUGAUCGAUUCUUGUGUGUAAGCUCAUGCUUCUGAAAUUUAAAUUCGCAACCGAAGAUACUUAGCCAACUGAAAUGUCAUACGGAAAUGGCAUACAAACAUAUGAAAUGGGGAUGGCAACUGGGCGGUCCUUGAUUACUCAACCGAUCUCCCAUCUCCAUCCCCGACCCUAUCCACAUUGAGGAAUUGUUCUUGCCCUCCAUCCCCGCUCCAAAAGGGUAACGGGGAUCCAACUUUAAGAAGAUGAAAAAAAAAAUUUAUCUUCCCUCGUUAUUGUUCAACAAUCAAAUGAAAAUAGAAAUCUAAAUCCUUUAGACUACGGAUUGAAUUCUGUAGGACUUAUAUAAAGAUUGCUCGAAAAUUACUACCUAAAGCUGACUAGCAGUUCGAAAAACAUGCCUUUUCUUGGUCUCUGGUGCAGUAAAUAGCUUUUCUAUAACUAUACAAACAUAUAAGGGGCAAGCCAUCUUUGUAAAUUUCAGUUGCACCAUUUUUGACCGACUAAGCAUAAUAAAGAGUUAAUAACAAGUGGCUGAGUUAGUUUUUCGAGUUCGUAUACAUGAAAGCACAACCACGAGAACGGGUGCUUGUGAUGCUCAGAAGCUGUAUAGAAAGAUCGUGAUGCUGAUAGAAAUAUCUCGAUACAGAAACUUGAGUUUCGCAUUUCAGCUAAGGUGUAUCGUCUUCCCUGAUUCCAACAGUAAAUAGUCCAUCCGUGCUUGGUCCAGUUAUGGGAUAGAAUUUCUUUUGUUUUUCUUUUGUUCUCUCUUUAGGGACUCUCUUGUUUAUCUUCAGUAAUCAUUUUAUCUUUGUUCCUGAUCAAUAAAUAAAUAAGGUUUAUAUCUUCCAUUUGCCAUGACAGAUUGUUGCAUGUUUAUCAUUGGUUAUUUGCAGAAAAUCGUCCAAGAGUGACAACAAUGAGCUGGUACAAAGCAGAGCAGGUGGUAGUUACAAAGAGGGUCAUCAUCCAUCUCCCACUGAGUCGAUCAAAACUGGGAGUAUUAUGGCUGGAUUUGACGAUGAAAACUUUAUGUUUGAGGUGGCAUUGUCUCCUAGCAAUUUCGUAAAUGGUCUGCUCACCAUUCCUUGGAGAACUGCAAAAAAACAUUUCUUGUUGGAUCAUACGACAGGAACUUGUCAGGAAAUCGAAGUAGAAUUUUCUGACAAGCACAAUAACAAAUACACUAUGAAACUCUCUACCCCUCCGCAGCCUGGGGCUAAGUUGGUGAUAACUGGAUGGAGACAGAUCUUUGGUCCAAAAGGAGAUCCAGAUUUAGUUGGCUUCUACAAACCUGUAGACCCUUUGCAUGACAAGCAUUACCUUAUUGAUUGCACAAAGGGAAGCUGUGUCUUUCUGAAAAAGUUGGAACGUACUCAUACGGUGCUCAGUAUUCCUAAAGAAGUCGCAGAAAAACUUUUCCCUCCUCUGGAAAACGGUUGGGAAAUCAGUCUGGAUUGUUCUGAUGCCCAAAACUGGUCUUUGUCGAUGAGCUACAAAAACUGUCAAGGUAGGUUUAAAAUCACCAGCAACUGGAGAAAGUUUAUUGUAGAUCACAAUUUGGAAGCCGAUGACGUGGUUGUGUUUUCCAGAGUUUACCCCCAGCAGCCUAAUAAUAACCGGUACUUGAUUCGAUUUGAGAAAACAAAAGAGGCCACUUCCGGGACAGAUGCGACUCAAUCAGCUACAUCAAGAAAAGAUGAAGGUGAUCGCAACAAGGAGAACAAGAGUAUCAGUGUUGCGGGAAAUAACCAGUCAAAUUCAAAGCCAGUCUCUGAAACAAGAGGUUCAAAUGUUAUGAUCUUUGGCCAGGACAUUUCAAAGCCAAAGCCAAUAAAAUUGUUUGAGAGUAACAACAAUGAGCUGGUACAAAGCACAGCAGGUGCUAGUUACAAGGAGGUUCAUCAUUCUGAGUCAAUCAAAACUGGGAAGAUUAUGGAUGAAUUUGAGGACAGUAAUUUUCUAUUUGAGGUGGCAUUGUCUCCUAGAAAUUACAUAAAUGGCACCCUCAUCAUUCCUUGGAGAACUGCAAAAAAGCAUUUCCUGUUUGAUCAUAGUACAGGAACUUGUCAGGAAAUCGAGCUAGAAUUUUCUGACAAAGAUCUUAACAAAUACACUCUGAAAAUCUCUAUCCCUCCACAGCCUGGCGCUCAGUUGGUAAUAACUGGAUGGAGACAGUUCUUUGGUCCAAAUGGAGAUCCGGAUCUCAUUGGCUUCUACAAGCCCGUCAACCAUUUGCAUGACACAAAUUACCUUAUUGAUUGGACAAAGGGAAGCUAUACCUUUCUGAAAAAGUUAGAUCCUAGUGACGCUAGUAGUAUGCUCCUUAUUUCUAAAGAAGCUGCAGAAAAAGUUUUCCCUCCUCUGGAAGUCAGUGUGCUGAUCGAUUGUUUUGAUGCACAAAACCAGUCUUGGACGAUGAAAUACCGAAGAACCAAAUUUGAUCAGUUUAUAAUUACCGGCAGCUGGGGAAUGUUUCUUACAAAACAUAAUUUGAAAGCCAAUGAUGCAGUUAUGUUUUCCAGAGUUGACCCCCAACAGCUGCCUGAUAGUAAGCGGUACUUUAUUCGAUUUGAGAAAGCAGAAAAGGCCACUUCCAGAGCUGACAGGACUCAAUCAGCUACAGCAAGAAAAGACGAUGAUGAUAGAAAUAAUGGAGGAAGCAACGACGAGGACAAGGGUAUCAGUGUUGCUGGAAAUAGCAAUUCAAAGCCAAUCACUGAAACAAGCGGUUCAAAGGUUAUGAUCUUUGGCGUGGACAUUUCAAAGCCAAAGCCAAUGUGAGCAAGUUGGAGAUGUUAUAUUUUACUAAGCUUUGAUCAUGAUUCAUGACUCAGUCGCGGUCUCAUUUUUUACCCUUAGGCAAGGUGGCAUUGUUGGUUUACUUCCUAGUACAUAUUACUUUAGAUUGAUGGACUACUACAUAAAUCUUUUUGAUCAAAGGUUGAAUCGAUCAUGUUGCAGAGGAUAGAAAUAUACUCAUCAGAUUAAUCAACAGGCGCUCGUUAUAGUAUGAG